GGACCGGCAGGCAGUUGCGUGGCCCGCUUCGUUCGAGGCCCCGGACAUGCCAACCAAGCAGAAGGCGGCGGGUGGCGGCGGCGCUGAGGGGAGCCCGGUCCCGGACACUGGCAGCGGCACCAGCUCCGGCCGCGACAUGGAGAACGACAUCCUCGACUCGCUGGAGGAUCUGGGAUACAAGGGUCCACUCCUGGAUGAUGGAGCUCUGGAGUUGGCAGCAGCUAAAGGGGCAGCUUCUCCAGAAUAUACUAAACUAUGUGCCUGGCUUGUAAUGGAACUGAAAGCUUUUUAUAAACUGGUAGAAAAUGUCAAUGCAACUAAUAGUCCCACAGAAGCUGAAGAAUUUCAGCUGGAGAUGAGUGGCUUGCUAGCUGAGAUGCAUUGUCCCUACUCUGUUCUAACUACUGGAGAUGUCACUAAACGUCUUAUCAACAAAAAUAAUUGCCUUUUACUGCUUACUUACCUGAUCUCUGAGCUUGAAUCUUCUCGGAUGCUUGGUGUGAACAACCCACCCAAGAAAGAACCAGAUAAGACAAGCCAAUCCUUUGUGGAGUUGAAAACUAUUUGCAUUACUCUGGGUAUGUCCAAGCCCCCAGAUAACAUCACCAUGUUCCAGUUCUUCAGUGGGAUUGAGAAAAAGCUGAAGGAGUGUGUGUCAAAGGUACCUCCUAAUCAUGUGGGUAAACCUCUAUUGAAAAAAGCACUUGGCCCACUUCACUGGGUGAGAAAAAUUAGAAACAUCAAUCAAGUUCUUGUUAAUGAAUACGAAGUGCGACGAAAGAUGUUGCUGAAACGUAUGGAUGUAACCAUUCAGUCGUUUGGGUGGUCUGGAAAGAGCUAAGAGCCAGGUUGAAAAAUUGGCUCUAAAAUUUACCAGCCCAAGCGUGCAACUCUGAGUUCAAAAGCCACUAUUUCUGUUGCACAUCUACUAGCUGCUCGAGAGGACCUGUCCAAGAUGCAGACCAGCAGUGGCAUCAUCCGAGAGAAGACUGCAUGUGCUGUUAACAAGGUGCUUAUGGGAAGAGUGCCAGAAGGGUGGCAGGCCAAUGAAAUUGAGGCUCCACCACCAGAGAUGCCACCAUGGCAGAAGAGACACAGACAAUAUCCAAUCCAGUGGUGGGCGAGGAGGUGAAGAGGCGGAUACGAUCAAGGCUCCUACGGAGGAGGUGGAAGAGGUGGAUAUGAUCAAGGCUCCUACGGAGGAGGUGGAAGAGGUGGAUAUGAUCAAGGCUCCUACGGAGGAGGUGGAAGAGGCGGAUAUGAUCAGGGCUCCUAUGGAGGAGGUGGAAGAGGCGGAUAUGAUCAGGGCUCCUAUGUAGGAGGUGGAAGAGGCGGAUAUGAUCAGGGCUCCUACGGAAGAGGUGGAUACGAUCAAGGCUCCUACGGAGGAGGUGGAAGAGGUGGAUACGAUCAAGGAUCCUACGGAGGAGGUGGAAGAGGCGGAUAUGAUCAAGGCGGGAGAGGUGGGGGCCGUGGACAUCAAGACAGCAGAUAUCAGGAUGGUGGCCAUGAUCAGGGUGGAGGACGAGUUGCAGGACGAGGAGGUCGUGGCCGUGGGGUCGUGGAGGCCGAUGGGGGUCAAGGCGGUGGGUGGGUCAGCAGAGGUGGACAAAGCUACAACCAGGGAGGACAGUUUGAGCAAUAUUUCCAGCAAGGAGGCCAACAAUAUAAUACAUCUGGUUUUUAUCAAGGUAGGCAGUAUUCUAGGUUAAUAACUUGAUAGUCUUGACUACUGGGCUUCAUCCUGCAAGAGGCACAGAUUUGCCCAAACACCAGUUACCAACUGUGGAAUGCCACUAAAAUCCAGUACAUUAUAUUGAAUCAGCAGUGUUGCAGAUUUGUUGUCUAAACAAGCAGAAUGCAGAAGAGCCUUUCCUCCAGCAGAAGUGAAGCAUAUGAUUCUAAUCUUUCUCUUCCUGCUUCCCACUCCCACUCACAACACAAGGUUUACAACAUGAAACUGUACUUGAAGGCGCAGCAAAAAAAAAUGUAGUUUUUUCUUUUCUGCAUGUGUAAUGCCACUGGCGCAACUAAAACUCUUAGUUUAUUCAAAGUGCACUACAUAUCGAAUAUUUGAG